AUGCAAUCAGUAUCUUUGCCAGAACAGCAAGCAGAACAAAUGAAAGCUUUGACUCAGCAGUACAUUCAAAACUUCCAUCAAUUUAUAGAUGUAGCAAAUUUCUUUUUUUACCAUCUUAGGAAUCAUACGAUCGAGUCAAUGAAGCCAUUGACUCCAUUUACGAUUAAAUGUGUUUUAAGCCAGCUCCUGAAUAGAACCCAAGUACCAAAAUUGUAAAAUUACCUAAUACUCCUCAAGUGAAGAUAUAGAUGAUAAUCAAUAUCGCUCCUGAUGAGACAAAAUCAAUUAGGUAAAAAGAAGUUUUUAAUUAAUAUAUUUAUAGACGUGUGUAAUAAUAGGUAGAAGUAGUACAAGAAGAGCAGGAGGUAUUUAAGAGAUAUGAGGAUCUCUUACAAAUUUUAUCUAAUGCUAAUUAGAUUAUUAUUGAUGAUGAUGACCCAUCAUCAAUAUUUAAGAAACUCUUAGAUAUGCUCAAGAAGGAGUAAAUUAAAGAUUGUGUGGCAUAUCUCUAAUCAUUUAAAUAUUAAGAUAAAAAGGAGAAGGAGCAAAUGAAAAAGAUAAUAAAUAUCCUGAAGAACUUAAAAGAUCAUGAAUUCAAUUAGAAAGAUUAUUACUCAGAACAAUUUGAAGAAAUUAAAAAGGAUCUGAUAAAGAAGAUAUAAGGUGAUAAGAACAUGAUUGAGUUAUUGAAAUUUUUAGUGCAAAUUACAAGUAUAGAUGAUCAAUUCAUCUAAUGUGGAUCCAAUUCACUUCAUAUGCUGGUAAUAAUGAAGGUAGAUCUAAGAAACCUAUCAUUUGAGAGUAUCAGGAUCAAGAAUACUUCUUUAGUUGGAGGAAACUUUGUACGAUGUAAUAUGAAUGGAUCAGAAUUUGAGAAUGUGGAUAUCAGUGGAGUCAAUUUUAAUGGAGCUUAAAUGUUCAAUUGUAAAUGGAAGAACAUUAAAGUCCAUGAAUUGAAUAGGUUGGAUGGUCAUAGUAAUUGUAUUAACUCAGUCUGUAUUUCUCCUGAUGGAAAUACAUUAGCUUCUGGUAGUGCUGAUUUGUCUAUCCGUCUAUGGGAUGUCAAAACAGGAUAAUAAAAAGCCAAAUUAGAUGGUCAUACUCAUUAUGUCUACUCAGUCUGUUUCUCUCCUGAUGGAAACACAUUAGCUUCUGGUAGUAAUGAUAACUCUAUCCGUCUAUGGGAUGUCAAAACAGGAUAAUAAAAAGCCAAAUUAGAUGGUCAUAGUAAUUAUGUUAUGUCAGUCUGUUUCUCUCCUGAUGGAAAUACAUUAGCUUCUGGUAGUGAUGAUAAGUCUAUCCGUCUAUGGGAUGUCAAAACAGGAUAAUAAAAAGCCAAAUUAGAUGGUCAUAGUAAUUAUAUUAACUCAGUCUGUUUCUCUCCUGAUGGAAAUACAUUAGCUUCUGGUAGUGAUGAUAAGUCUAUCCGUCUAUGGGAUGUCAAAACAGGAUAAUAAAAAGCCAAAUUAGAUGGUCAUAGUAAUUAUAUUAACUCAGUCUGUUUCUCUCCUGAUGGAAAUACAUUAGCUUCUGGUAGUGAUGAUAAGUCUAUCCGUCUAUGGGAUGUCAAAACAGGAUAAUAAAAAGCCAAAUUAGAUGGUCAUAGUAAUUAUAUUAACUCAGUCUGUUUCUCUCCUGAUGGAAAUACAUUAGCUUCUGGUAGUGAUGAUAAGUCUAUCCGUCUAUGGGAUGUCAAAACAGGAUAAUAAAAAGCCAAAUUAGAUGGUCAUAGUAAUUAUAUUAACUCAGUCUGUUUCUCUCCUGAUGGAAAUACAUUAGCUUCUGGUAGUGAUGAUAAGUCUAUCCGUCUAUGGGAUGUCAAAACAGGAUAAUAAAAAGCCAAAUUAGAUGGUCAUAGUAAUUAUAUUAACUCAGUCUGUUUCUCUCCUGAUGGAAAUACAUUAGCUUCUGGUAGUGAUGAUAAGUCUAUCCGUCUAUGGGAUGUCAAAACAGGAUAAUAAAAAGCCAAAUUAGAUGGUCAUAGUAAUUAUAUUAACUCAGUCUGUUUCUCUCCUGAUGGAAAUACAUUAGCUUCUGGUAGUGAUGAUAAGUCUAUCCGUCUAUGGGAUGUCAAAACAGGAUAAUAAAAAGCCAAAUUAGAUGGUCAUAGUAAUUAUAUUAACUCAGUCUGUUUCUCUCCUGAUGGAAAUACAUUAGCUUCUGGUAGUGAUGAUAAGUCUAUCCGUCUAUGGGAUGUCAAAACAGGAUAAUAAAAAGCCAAAUUAGAUGGUCAUAGUAAUUAUGUCUGGUCAGUCUGUUUCUCUCCUGAUGGAAAUACAUUAGCUUCUGGUAGUGAUGAUAAGUCUAUCCGUCUAUGGGAUGUCAAAACAGGAUAAUAAAAAGCCAAAUUAGAUGGUCAUAGUAAUUAUGUCUACUCAGUCUGUUUCUCUCCUGAUGGAAAUACAUUAGCUUCUGGUAGUGAUGAUAAGUCUAUCCGUCUAUGGGAUGUCAAAACAGGAUAAUAAAAAGCCAAAUUAGAUGGUCAUAGUAAUUAUGUCUGGUCAGUCUGUUUCUCUCCUGAUGGAAAUACAUUAGCUUCUGGUAGUGAUGAUAAGUCUAUCCGUCUAUGGGAUGUCAAAACAGGAUAAUAAAAAGCCAAAUUAGAUGGUCAUAGUAAUUAUGUUAAGUCAGUCUGUUUCUCUCCUGAUGGAAAUACAUUAGCUUCUGGUAGUGAUGAUAAGUCUAUCCGUCUAUGGGAUGUCAAAACAGGAUAAUAAAAAGCCAAAUUAGAUGGUCAUAGUAAUUAUGUUAACUCAGUCUGUUUCUCUCCUGAUGGAAAUACAUUAGCUUCUGGUAGUGAUGAUAAGUCUAUCCGUCUAUGGGAUGUCAAAACAGGAUAAUAAAAAGCCAAAUUAGAUGGUCAUAGUAAUUAUGUUAACUCAGUCUGUUUCUCUCCUGAUGGAAAUACAUUAGCUUCUGGUAGUGAUGAUAAGUCUAUCCGUCUAUGGGAUGUCAAAACAGGAUAAUAAAAAGCCAAAUUAGAUGGUCAUAGUAAUUAUGUUAACUCAGUCUGUUUCUCUCCUGAUGGAAAUACAUUAGCUUCUGGUAGUGAUGAUAAGUCUAUCCGUCUAUGGGAUGUCAAAACAGGAUAAUAAAAAGCCAAAUUAGAUGGUCAUAGUAAUUAUGUUAACUCAGUCUGUUUCUCUCCUGAUGGAAAUACAUUAGCUUCUGGUAGUGAUGAUAAGUCUAUCCGUCUAUGGGAUGUCAAAACAGGAUAAUAAAAAGCCAAAUUAGAUGGUCAUAGUAAUUAUGUUAACUCAGUCUGUUUCUCUCCUGAUGGAAAUACAUUAGCUUCUGGUAGUGAUGAUAAGUCUAUCCGUCUAUGGGAUGUCAAAACAGGAUAAUAAAAAGCCAAAUUAGAUGGUCAUAGUAAUUAUGUCUACUCAGUCUGUUUCUCUCCUGAUGGAAAUACAUUAGCUUCUGGUAGUGAUGAUAAGUCUAUCCGUCUAUGGGAUGUCAAAACAGGAUAAUAAAAAGCCAAAUUAGAUGGUCAUAGUAAUUGUAUUAACUCAGUCUGUUUCUCUCCUGAUGGAAAUACAUUAGCUUCUGGUAGUGAUGAUAAGUCUAUCCGUCUAUGGGAUGUCAAAACAGGAUAAUAAAAAGCCAAAUUAGAUGGUCAUAGUAAUUAUGUCUACUCAGUCUGUUUCUCUCCUGAUGGAAAUACAUUAGCUUCUGGUAGUGAUGAUAAGUCUAUCCGUCUAUGGGAUGUCAAAACAGGAUAAUAAAAAGCCAAAUUAGAUGGUCAUAGUAAUUAUGUCAACUCAGUCUGUUUCUCUCCUGAUGGAAAUACAUUAGCUUCUGGUAGUCGCGAUAACUCUAUCCGUCUAUUGGAUGUCAAAACAGGAGAAUAAAAAGCCAGAUUAGAUGGUCAUAGUGAUUAUGUUAGAUCAGUCUGUUUCUCUCCUGAUGGAAAUAUAUUAGCUUCUGGAGGUGGUAGAGAAUAUGGAGAUGGUGAUUGCUCAAUCCGUCUAUGGGAUGUCAAAACAGGAUAAUAAAAAGCCAAAUUGGAUGGCCAUAGUAGUAAGAUCAACUCAGUCUGUAUUUCACCUGAUGGAAAUACAUUAGCUUCAAGCAGUAAAGAUAAGUCUAUCCGUCUAUGGGAUGUUAAGAGUAAAAAAAAAAUAGCCAAAUUAGAUGCUCAAUCAUAUCCUGUCAUGUCUGUCUGUUUCUCUCCUGAUGGAAAUACAUUAGCUUCUGGUAGUAGUGAUAAGUCUAUCCGUCUAUGGGAUGUCAAAACAAGAUAAUAAAAAGCCAAAUUAGAUGGUCAUAGUGGAACUGUCUACUCAGUCUGUUUCUCUCCUGAUGGAAAUACAUUAGCUUCUGGUAGUGCUGAUAAGCCUAUCCGUCUAUGGGAUGUCAAAACAGGAUAAUAAAAAGCCAAAUUAGAUGGUCAUACUCAUUAUGUCUACUCAGUCUGUUUUUCUCCUGAUGGAAAUACUUUAGCUUCUGGUAGUGAUGAUAACUCUAUCCGUCUAUGGGAUGUAAAAACAGGAUAUUAAAAAGCCAAAUUAGUUGGUCAUAUUAGUUGUAUUAACUCAAUCUGUUUUUCUCCUGGUGGAAAUACAUUAGCUUCUGGUAGUGAUGAUAACUCUAUCCGCCUAUGGGAUAUAAAGACAGGAUAAGAAAUUAAAUCCUCUGAUAAAAACUACAAAGAUAUUCUUGCAUUAUUUAAGAUUCCACUCCAAUAACAUAACCAUAUUUCCGAAGGUAGUAUUUAUCUCCUAUCAUAUUUUUAGCCUCCAAUUACAUCACUACACUCCUUAUAUCCUAAUCUGCUAUAUUUUAAGCAUAAGGAGCACUUCUCCUCAAAGGAGAAUUCAUCAACCAUCAAGGCACUGAUUUGAGACCUUUAUUGAAAUCAAAAGGUAGCUGUAUUUUAGGAGACUUAUAGAAAAAGUGAUUUUGAUCAUUAUCAAGC